AUGCAAGAUCCAUACUACUAUGGUCAAUCAAAGAUCCAAUCAUCUAUAGUUGGACUAACAAGCUUGCAUGAGAGAUGGAGAAAGUUACUACAUGACACAAAUACUUUCAGGAAUGAGGAGUUUAGAUGGUGCCAACAGGAGCUAAAGAAAGUGCUCAAAGACAUUGACGAUGAUAUUAAGGACCUGUACGACUCGAUUAUAGUGGUCGAGAAGUUCCCCGAUCGCUUCAGACUGUCACAGGCAGAGAUAGAGACACGUAAACGCUUCAUUAGAGACUCAAAGGCGACGGUGGACGGCGUGGUCAACGACAUGACAUCGCCCGAGGUCGCGGGCAAGAUCGAGCAGGACAAGAGAGCAGAGCUGCUGUUCUCAGAGAAGAAGCAGAACAUGCAGCGCGAGUCAAAGUACAGCGGCAUCCAGCGUGCCGUCGAAGAGGAUAACAACGAGUUCCUGCGAGGCAACGUGCGCAUCCAGGAGGACAUGAUCCGCGAGCAGGACGCCGGUCUCGAGCAACUGGGUGAGCGUGUUGGAAUUCUAGGCGAGAUGGGCAAGACCAUGUCGAGCGAGCUCAAGUCACAAGGCUCCAUUCUCGACAGGCUGGGCGACAGAGCGGCCAACUCACAGAACGCUCUGGGCAGUGUGAUGCGACGUUUAGACCGACUGAUGGAGAACACUAGCAGUAAAGUACAGUGGAUAAUGAUUGGAAUUCUGGCAGUUAUAUUCGUCGUUUUGGUCAUCAUCACAUCACAACUAUUCAAGAAGAAGUAG